AACAUAUGCAAGUAGUGUGGAAAUUUAUGUAGAUCAUGACAACAAACAUGGCUGACACAUUGAUAUUUUACACACAAACAAUAUAAAUUAAGAAGUUGCCUAGAAAAUCAUCAGUACACGUCAACACACAAAAUGGCAGUAGCUAAUCUGAGACUUGGUGAGCACUUAACUGAGAUGAUGAACAAAAUGGGCUGCUCCGGCAACUGCGGACAGGCUGCAUUACCUAAUGCAGACAUGACGUUCAUGACGAUGUUGUGGCCCCUGCUCCCUCUCCUGCCUCCCGAGUCACCACUCCCAGUGGUGGAGCUGCUAGAGGGCUCAGAAGCCUGCGACGUCUGUGGUACAGGACACGAACAAGCCGGGCCCGGAACUACUCAGGUAACAGGUGAGAGAGGAUCCUCCCUGGACAGGAUGAUGGAUGAGGUUCAGCAGAAAAUGGAAGAUACCCUCAACAGUAUUGAGAGGACAACAGUGACUAACAUGCAACUGGCUGAGCGUGCCAGAGAUAUAAUAAAGUCUGGCAAGUUCUCUUAUACUGAUGCUGAAGUCCUAAGCCAGCUCAAGUCUCUCCUGGAAGAGAAGGCGAAGCGGGAACGGAAAGUGAGAUCUCUUGAGCUACAAGAACAGGAAAUGAGAGAAUCCUUGAUGACAGCAAUCAACUGGGCCAAAAGCAUUGAAAAGAAACGGGGAGAAAACAGAAAUGUAGAUGAUGUAACUCAGUAAAAUCUAUCUUGUAUACUACUGAAUCAAUAAGUAUUUUGUCACACAUACAUGUUAUUAAAUACUUCACCUCA